GUAAAAUAACAAAGAAUAAGAAAGAGGGGGAAAAUGGCGGAAAGAGAAGUGGGUGAUACCCGUAGCGCUUCCGACUCAACGUGUAAGAGUGAUUGUCCAAGUGAUGCUGUGCCCCCGAAAUCACCUAAAGAUGAGAGCUCGGAAAGUCCUGCACAUCAGCAUGCCCAGGACCUCAAAAGCGUCCUGGUCACCAGCGUGUUAAACCUAGAAAAGCUCGACGUAGACCUGUACAGAGGAAGGCACCACUGGGUGCCCCGCAGUCAGCGUUUGUUUGGUGGUCAAAUAAUCGGACAGGCCCUUGUUGCUGCUGCCAAAUCUGUCAGCGAUAAUCUCUAUGCCCAUUCUCUCCACUGCUACUUUGUACGAGCAGGAGAUCCUAAGGUUCCAGUGCUGUACCAAGUGGAGCGGACAAGAGAUGGUCGCAGUUUCACAGUACGCUCUGUGAAGGCCAUCCAGCAUGGACAGCCUAUACUCAUCUGCCAAGCGUCCUUCCACAUGCUGCAGCCGAGUCCCCUGCAGCACCAGUUCACCAUGCCGGUGGUCCCUAAGCCUGAAGACCUCCUCACCGUAGAAGAACUCAUUCAUCUUUAUCUCAGUAAACCAGACAUAGGAGAGAAAUCAAAACAAGGCCUUAACAAACUGCUGGCUAAUGAGGUCCCCAUUGAGAUAAAGCCAAUCAACCCACCACACUAUUACAGACUGGCUGCCAGAGAGCCAAAGAUGCUGUUCUGGGUGCGAGCACGAGGAUAUAUUGGCGAAGGCAACAUGAAGCUGCAUUGCUGCGUUGCUGCUUAUGUAUCAGACUUUGCAUUCCUGGGUACAGCGCUGCUGCCUUACCCCAACUACAGGGCCCAGUUCGCAGCCUCCCUGGACCACGCCAUGUGGUUCCACAGCACUUUCCGCAGUGAUGAGUGGAUGUUGUAUGAGUGUGAGAGCCCGUGGGCAGGGGGCAGCAGGGGAUUGGUUCAAGGCCGACUGUGGAGAAGAGACGGGGUGCUGGCUGCCUCCUGUUCCCAGGAGGGUGUCCUGAGAGUGAAACCAUUCACAGAGCCCAGCAAACUAUAAGCACAUUUAAGAUUUCUUUUAACUGUCAUUGUUUUGAUAUUUAAAAACACAGAUUUUAAGAUAAUAAUGAAUUAAUGAUUGUUUUAUGAAAAAAAACAUAAUUUAUUUCCAAUCAAAAAAUGAAAAGGUUCUUUAUAAAUGAAUGAAUUCAUUCAUGCUCAUGUAAUUUUACUAGAAUUGUACCUUAUAUGAUUUCAUGUGACUAAUAAAAAAUUGGUUGAUGUGAAAUUUAACAAUGUCAUGACCAAAUCGUACUGCAAGGACUUGGAUGUAAUUAUUGAGGUGCUACAGCUCUACCAGGUCUGACCGACCAUGAGGAAAAAAUACAAAACAUGGCCAUUUGUAUGAUCACACUUUUGGAAAGGCAUCAAACAAAUAUAUGGUCAACAACA